GGUUCCAAAGUUCUGGUUGUUGGGGUCUUCAGUUUCCACGCCACACCUCUCUAGUGGAGCUAAAAGCAAGAGGAUUAAUUAUUCUUAGUUUCGCCAAGUUUUUGGGUUAGUAGUUUGGAGUGGACGGACGGCACUGGAAUUUGCAUCUCCGGUGGUCUCCUUGUUCUCCCUCGUCUGCUCUCAGGUCAUCUCAAUUUAAAGAAAUCGAGAUGGAAGUUAUUGUGUCAAGUGUUGCUGAUACUGCGCUCUCCGCUUGCUUCCGCUCCCUAUGCGAAAAUCUGUCGUCCCCCGACUUCCUCAGAUUCACACGCGACGAGCAACUCGCAGCCGAAAUGAACAAGUGGCAGAAGCUCUUGCGUCAAAUGAAUGCCUCGCUCGAGGAUGCCGAAGAGAAGCAAAUCACAAGCCCUGCCGUCGAACACUGGCUCGACGAAUUACAGCAUGUUGCUUUUGAUGUCGAGGAUGUCGUUGACGAGCUCACCACCGAGGCUUUGCGGCGGAAACUAACGGAGCACACUCGGCAGCCUUCGGCAAGCACUAAUAAGGUAUGGAAGUUUAUCGUCCCAUCGUGUUUCCGUGCUAUCAAUAUGAAUAUUAUUAAGUUUGAUGCCGAGAUCAAACCGAAAAUACAAGAAAUUACUGCAAGAUUGGAUGAGUUGGUGGUACAAAAGAGGAUUUUGAAGUUAGAAGAGAUUGUUAAAGGUGGGUCUGAGAAGGUGCUUCAGAGAGUCACUACUUCUCUUGUUGAUGAGUCUCGUGUUUAUGGUAGGGAAAGUGAUGCAGAUGCCGUUGUGAACUUGUUGAUGAUGGAUGGCGGAGAAAUUGGUGAAGGCAAAAUCGGUGUGGUUUCGAUUUUAGGUAUGGGAGGGUUAGGGAAAACUACUCUUGCUCAGUUAGUUUACAAGGAUGUUCGAAUCGAGACUUCAUUCGAGUUGAGAGCCUGGGUUUGUGUCUCCGAGGAAUUCGAUGUUCUUAAGGUGACAAAGACCUUGAUUCAUGAUGUUGCUUCUGAUAUCGAUGAGUCGAAGGAUUGGAAUUCACUUCAAGUGCUCGAGGAGGAGUUGCGGGGAAGAAAAUUUCUGAUUGUUUUAGAUGACAUGUGGAAUGAGAAUUAUGACCAUUGGGAUCUUCUAUGCAGACCCUUUGCUGCAGGGGCUUCCGGGAGUAAAAUACUGGUCACGACUCGGAAUGAAUCGGUUGCGCCUAGCUGUGGGGGAUGCCGGCACCAUUUGAAGGAACUGUCGAUUGAUGAUUGUCUCUUGAUAUUAACCUGUCAUGCUCUUAGAGCCAAGAAUUUCGAUGAAUACCCGAAUUUAAAAGCCGUUGGCGAGCGGAUAGUGGAAAGGUGCAAAGGGUUGCCACUUGCCGCUAAGACCUUGGGAGGACUACUUAGGACUAAAGUGAAUCAGGGUGAAUGGGAGGACAUACUGACGAGCAAGAUAUGGGAUUUGCCUGACAAAAGAACCGGCAUAAUGCCGGCUCUGAGAUUGAGCUACCUUCAUCUUCCUUCCCUUUUGAAACGAUGCUUUGCUUAUUGCGCCAUAUUCCCAAAGGAUAACGAAUUCGACAAGGACGAGCUGGUUCUCUUGUGGAUGGCGGAGGGUUUCUUACAACAGCCAAGAGGAGGUGCACGAAUGGAGGAUUUAGGUUCAAAAUGUUUCAACGAGUUACUCUCGCGAUCGUUUUUCCAACAAUCGAACAGCAACCAAACGCAAUUUGUGAUGCAUGACCUCAUAAAUGACUUGGCUAAAUCCGUUUCCAGAGAUAUAUGCUUUAAUCUCGAGGACAUGGAUAUGCUUGAGGGUGAUAUGUUAUGCAUGGCUGUUGAAAGGAUUCGUUAUUUAGCAUUCACUCGUAAACAAUACGAUGUCGCAAAAAGAUUCGAAGUCCUCCGUCAAACGAAGAAAUUGAGAACGUUGGCUGCAUUACCUACUUGUAUGCCGACUUGGGCAUCUUGUUGCUAUUUGAGUGGUGAUGUCUUGCAGAAAAUGCUGUCAAGGUUGAGAUGCUUAAGAGUACUAUGUCUGAGUGGUUAUUCCAUCCGUGAGCUACCGAAUUCCGUCGGUCAUUUGAAGCAAUUACGCUACCUGAACUUGUCUCGCAGUCGAAUUAAACGGUUACCUCAAUCUGUGGGUUCGCUUAUCAACUUGCAAACGUUGAAGUUGCACGGCUGCACAGAACUUACUAAUUUGCCACGAGUUAUCGAAAAUCAGGUGAACCUUCAUGUUCUUGAUCUUGCCGGUACUAGUAAUUUACAGGAUAUGCCGUUUAAGAUUGGAAAAUUGAAGAAUCUUCAGAUUUUAUCCAAAUUAAUUGUUGGCAAGGGCAUUGGAUCUGCUGUUAGUGAAUUGAGGGGCUUGUUGAAUCUGCGGGGGAAGCUUUCCAUCUCGGGGUUGGAAAAUGUUGCAGAUUUCCGAGAUGCUAGCAAUGGGAACCUCAAGGACAAGGAUGGCUUAACCGAGUUGGAUCUGCAAUGGAGUGACGAGUCCCUUAAUUCUGAAAACGAGGAAGGUCAUAUGCAUGUUCUCGAAAGUCUGAUGCCCGGUAAGAAUAUGGAAAAACUGAGAAUUCUGUUCUAUGGUGGUAAAAUGUUUCCUUCUUGGUUAGGUGAUCCUUCAUUGACUAACAUAGUGUGGUUAGAACUCCUUAAUUGCAGAAACAGCAUAUUACUUCCAUCACUUGGGAGAUUACCCUCACUAAAAAUAUUGUCCAUAGUAGGAAUGGAUAGAGUCCAAAAGGUGGGUUUGAUGUUUUAUGGACAUGGUUGUACAUGUGUUAAGCCUUUUCCAUCUUUGGAAAUUCUACGGUUUAAGGAUAUGUUGGAAUGGACGUGCUGGUCUUCUCCUAGCGGAGCUAAUGAAGACUCGGGGGAAGAAUUCCCUUGUCUCCUCGAGCUUACGGUAGAGAAUUGUCCCAAGUUGAUUGGAAAGUUACCUGGUCGUCUUCUUUCUCUCGUGAAACUUGUAAUCAAGCAUUGCCCGAAAUUAGAAUCUUAA